CAUGAUCCAUGAGGACUAUAAUGAACCCGCAAGUUUUUCAAUUGACUCUAUACACUUUGGCACCAGACAGCUAGAAGGUAGCCCAUUAGUUUACGAAUCUCUCGAUUGGCAGCUUGGCGUUUAUGUUGGAGCUUCUUUCAAGUCUCAACAUACCCGUUCUGGGCUAUUCGAAAGAGAAAAACCUGGAAGAAAAAUGCCAAAAGUCUUUCAUGUUAAUUGGUUUAGGGAAGAUCCAAAAUCUCAUUCACUAUUGUGGCCUGGAUUUGGCGAGAACAUACGAGUACUUGAUUGGAUUUGUCGGAGAGUCGAUGGUGAAGACAUUUGCAGGGAUAGUCCAAUUGGAAAAAUUUCUAUCAAAGGAUCGAUAAAGAUCACAAAUUUAGAAAAUGUUGACGAAGACAAAUUACAUGACCUAAACAAGGAAUAA